ACUCAGACUCUGACAGGGUACAUCCUGUGCGAGAAGCAAAAAACCAAACUGAGAAACUUUUUCGGCCAAUUUAUCUUUACGGCUUUACACUGAGAGACGCGUUUUGUGUGCGUAAAGUUGGUGUUCUGAAAGGAUGGAGGACACAUUACUACAUGUGUUUGUCGUGGUCGUCAGUCUGCUCCUCUCAAAGGAUCCCAAUGUCUUUCACGACCAAGAAGAUGACAUCAUGGUGAGCAUGCAAGACCAUGAGCACUUUCUACUGGAGGAGGGGGCAAAGCUAGAACAAGGGGAGCACCGUGUUGCCAUGGAGCUGCCACAUUCAAAUCAGGAAGAGUCACAAAGUCAUCACAGGGUGCCAAGAGGAGAGGGGGACACGUCAGAUGUUCAACAAAUUACGCCAAAUGUCAAGACCACGGUGCGGCACGAGGACCAAAUGUCCCUGGUGGGAGAUCAAAAUGACUUCCUCCAAAAGGCAUUUGCACCAGAUGACCAGGAAAUAUUAGAUUUUGACACAGACAAACAGACACUGCAUAUGGCAAAGGAAGGCCUAACACAUGAGCAUGUCAGCGUAGACCAGAAUGUCUCUCAGGGGGAUGCGGCACAGCCGGAAAAGCCACAAGCUGACCGGACUGACACCCAAGCUGAUCAGGGUUUACUCGUCGACCAAAAAGUACCAACUUCAAAACAAAAGUUGUCAAUGAUAGCGCAAGAGAAACAAUCUAGCAACCAAGAGGACACCUACGCUUGGUACUUUUGGAGGACACUCUCCUUGAUUUCAUUUUUCCGUUUUUUAAAGUUCCUCAGAAAAGGUACCAAGCCAGAAAGGAAGACGCUGAGAUGCCUGAACGUUUCCCAAGUUUCAGAUCUUGAUUGUAAGACCUUAACUAGCUUCCAUACCCAGUGUGUCCUGGUUCCACCCAAUCACAGCUGGCAAACUUGUGAGUUUGUAGAGGGUUUUGUGAACGACCUACUGGAAGCGGUGAGGACUGCAGGUUCAGACAUGGAGACCGAGGACUUUGUUGGCGUUGGCAGCUUGUAUGAGCAAUGGGCUUCAAGAAAGAGCAUUGUGUGUGACAUACAUGUACCCAUCAUCCCUCCAAAGCCGUAUAGCUUCGAGUUUGAGCUUUUGAAAGAAAGUAGAGGUUCAACCAUCCAGUACUGUUGCAGAAUCAAGAUGGUCAAAGGUAGCGCCAGCUCAGCCACCUGCCCUUGCAGCAAUUCCAACCUGGAUGAUGACGAUACGUUAUGUCUUAUACAUCUAGAUAAAAAGGAAGAUCACUUAACUGAAAAUAACAUUAACAACCUUCUAUGCCAAGAAAACAGCUCGUAUCUUGCUAAAACGCAUGUUGUGAAAUGGUUUAAAAAAGCCAUUAGGAAAGCAUGGGAUGAGAUCAGCCACAAGUAUGAGUUUGAGCUAAUAUUCCGGAGUAGGGAAAAUCCUGGAAGUCUGAAAGUUCGUUUCAGGUCAGGACGGGUCAUUCUGUUCAACCUCACACCUGUGGUCAGGUUUAACGACUCAGAUGUUCAUCUGAUCCCACAUUCUGCCAUAUUCUCUGACACCCAUUGGCCUGUAUGUUUUACACGCUAUGAAAAUGCCCUUCUUCAACACAUAACCAAAACGCUUCCAGACGACGCAUGCCAUAUUCAUUGUCUACAGAUUCUUUCCUUCCUACACAAACAUCAAACUGGCCUGACUGGACCUUGCGGGCUAACAAGCUACCACUUGAAGAAUGCGCUGUUACAUCUUCUGGUCAACAAACCCUCAUCUUGGGAUCUUGAGCAGAUGGGUUGCAGGGUUAAUGAUCUGCUGACUUUCCUGCAGCAGAAACUAAAAGCUAAAUCACUAAACCACGCUCUGGUUGGAAACCCUCUCAUUCCUAGUGAAAUUGGAUUUCCUGAAGAGUUUAGAGUGGGAAAACCAAUUAACUUGUUUUCGCCUUUAUUGACAAAUCAAGAGUUGUACUUAAAAACAAACAGACACUUACUGGAGAUGAUUAGAAACAUGCCAGUGCUGAUAUAUGAAUAUGGAUCAAUGAGAAGUGUUCUGUAAAAGAACCAUUAGAUAGUGUGUGCUGAAAAUGUAUUACAUGUUGUAGAUGUUAUAUUAUGCAUGUUGAUUUCAUGAUGCAUUCAGUCAUUAGUUUUGUGGGAAAACAAGUGAAAAGACAAACAAUUUGGUAAAUUCAGUUUAUCAGAUUAACUUCAAGGCAUAACCACAUGGAUCAUAGGAUGGCAUCGAAUCCUUAAAACAUUUGCCAGCUGUAAAAGACGUCCUCUUAAUAAUCAUCCGAUUUCCAGAAUAGCUCAAAGUCAUUGUGGCCAGCUACAGAGAACUUGGGAAUGGACUCCACAGUUUCCCGAUCUGACUUUAAGUCCCAGGACUUACUGGUGAUCAUAGUCUUACCUGUCAGAAAGAAAAACUCAGUCAGUGAAAAGGCAAUGAGAGUACAACAAACUUCAUUUACACUAACCAGAUGCAACUGGAGGAGCAGGACACGUAGUUGCACAGCAGUUACAGACAGAUGCGUCACCAUACAGCUCAGUCCACCUAAAGCAUGCAAAUAUUUGCAAUUACUUCUCCCAGACUGCUGUGGAUGCAUGGUCAUUUUAAGUGUUUGUAAACUCACUUCUUGGUUUUUGCAUUGUAUGUGCAUGACUUGGCACUUGGUGUUGGAGUCUCUGGUCCGAAUUCCAACUCACAAUGCAUAAACAUGGUCUACUCAAUGAAAGAGGCGUUUUUAAAGAGGGCAGAACAAAUAUGCAUUCAAAUAUUUCAUGCUUGUACCUUUCUGGACUGUGGCAGAGAAACCAUGUUUUUAAACAGGAAGGCUGCAACACAAAGUCUCACAGUCAUCUUAUUAAUAGUGGUGUAAAACUUUGUCAUAGCGCUGUUCUUACUGUCCACCAGGCAUCUAUAAAGAGACAUUAAAGUUGAAAUGAAACCAAAAUUGUAAUCAUGCAUUCUCCUUCUCAGUUAUGACAUGAAAGUUGAAACGGCUUAUACAAUAGUCAAAAUAAAAAAUAAAUAUAAAUAUUAUA